GCGUGGAGCCGGCGGCGCAGCGCAGGCGAGCGGGGGCCGCCGCGCUCGGUCAUGGGCCCGGCCGGGCUCCGCCGUGCCCGCGGAGUUAUAACUGGAGUCCCUCUUGCUCUGAGAAGCAAAAUGACUGUCUUGCAGCUCUGUUUUGAGGAGAGGAUGUAGAAUGUCUGCCACUGCACUUUCCCCAAGUUGGAGUUGGAUGCUCUGCUGAUGCAUUGUCUCUGCAUUUACUUGUUCUGCGUGGACUGGCUUUUAGUACCAUUAAGACUACUAGAGAUCCAGCAAGUCCUGAACAUUGCUUCUUGGGUAACGUGAUCCUCUGCAGAGUAACUUCUACAAAGGUGUGUAGUAAAAAUGGUGCAGAAAUACCAGUCCCCAGUGCGAGUCUACAAAUAUCCUUUUGAGCUCGUCAUGGCAGCAUAUGAGAAGCGCUUUCCUACAUGUCCAGAGAUCCCAGUCUUCCUGGGGAGUGAAAUCCUGCAUGAAUCCAGGAGUGAUGAUGGAGCUAUACAUAUCAUUGAACGGAGCUGCAAACUGAAUGUGGAUGCUCCUAGGCUGCUGAAGAAGAUUGCAGGGGUAGAGUAUGUUUUUUUCAUCCAGAAAAACACAGUGAACUGGAAGGAGCGAACUCUCCGCAUUGAAGCCCACAAUGAGACUUUUGCAAACCGUGUUGUCGUCCUUGAAACAUGCAGCUACUCGGUUCACCCUGAGAAUGAAGAGUGGACUUGCUUUGAACAGUCUGCAUCUCUGGACAUCAAGUCAUUUUUUGGCUUUGAAAGCACAGUGGAAAAAAUUGCCAUGAAGCAGUACACUUCAAACAUCAAGCGGGGCAAGGAAGUGAUUGAACACUAUCUGAAAGAGUUGAUCUCUCAAGGGAUCACCUUCAUCCCCCGCUGGACACCUCCCUCAGCGUGCAGACAGAAGGACGAGCAAGUCCCGGCUGUUGGACAUGGUGCUGAUGACGUACGGCUUGAGUCUGGGGCUCGAGGAACUACCAAAGAGCAGACUGGCAGCUCCUGCCCGCUGGCAGAGGCUGUCAGCCCUGAUGCCGACAAAUUGGAUGCUGAUUACAUUGAGCGAUAUUUGGGCCAGCUGACUCCCAUGCAAGAGAGUUGCUUGAUCCGCCUUCGCCAGUGGCUUCAAGAAACGCACAAGGGCAAGAUACCCAAGGACGAACAUAUCCUACGAUUUUUGCGGGCUCGUGACUUCAACAUCGACAAAGCUCGAGAAAUGCUCUGUCAGUCACUGUCUUGGCGAAAGCAGUACCAGGUGGAUUACAUCCUGCAGUCAUGGAGGCCCCCAGCCCUCUUGGAUGAAUACUACACUGGAGGAUGGCAUUAUCAAGACAAAGAUGGGCGACCGCUCUACAUCCUUCGUCUUGGCCAGAUGGACACAAAAGGUUUGGUGAAAGCUCUGGGAGAGGAAUCGCUGCUACGACAUGUUCUGUCAAUUAAUGAGGAAGGACAAAAGAGAUGUGAGGAAAAUACCAACAUUUUUGGCCGCCCCAUCACAUCCUGGACAUGCCUGGUGGACCUGGAAGGGCUAAAUAUGCGGCAUCUCUGGCGGCCUGGAGUUAAGGCGCUGCUUCGGAUAAUUGAGGUUGUAGAGGACAACUACCCUGAAACCCUGGGGAGGCUGUUGAUAGUGCGAGCACCCAGGGUUUUCCCUGUUCUCUGGACUCUGGUCAGUCCCUUUAUCAAUGAGAACACAAGGCAGAAAUUCCUCAUUUACAGUGGAAAUAACUACCAGGGUCCAGGAGGGCUGGUGGACUAUGUGGACAAAGACGUGAUCCCAGACUUCCUGGGAGGAGACUGCAUGUGUACUGUCCCAGAAGGUGGGCUUGUUCCCAAGUCACUUUAUCAAACAGAAGAAGAGCCGGAGAACUCAGAUCACAUCCGGUUAUGGACAGAAACUAUCUAUCACUCUGCAAGUGUCCUCAAAGGAGCUCCACAUGAGGUAGUGGUGGAGAUUCUGGAAGGGGAAUCAGUCAUCACCUGGGACUUUGACAUCCUGAAGGGAGAUGUGGUGUUCAGCCUCUUUCACUCCAAACGAGCUCCUCAAACAAGUCAUAAAGAAGCCACGUUAGCAAGUACCUCUUCUGCUGGGGACAAUAUGCAGCUAAUUGAUAAGACGUGGGUCCUUGGGGUGGAUUACAGCCGUAUGGAGUCUCCACUGGUUUGCCGGGAAGGAGAGAGUAUCCAGGGAUCACAUGUGACUCGCUGGCCUGGCUUUUACAUUCUCCAGUGGAAAAUGCACGGCCCUGUGCCGUGUUCUGGCACCAGCCUCCCUCGCGUGGAUGAUGUUCUUGCCUCUCUGCAAGUUUCCAGUCACAAGUGCAAGCUCAUAUACUACUAUGAGGUUCUUGCAUCCAAGGACUUCAGGGGAUCUGUGUCGAGCCUGGAAUCUUGCAACAGCGGCUUUUCCCAGCUGAGUGGAGCCACAUCAUCUUCCAGCCAGUCCCAGAGCAGCUCCCAUCUUUCCAGAUAGCAGGACCAAGGCUACAGCAGCAAGGAAAAAUCACUCAGGGCUUCCUGGCCGCCCCAGAGCUGCUCUGUGCACCAAACCAAAGAGCCUCCAGGGGCUGAGCCUUGGGGCAGUCGUUCGUGUGACCACUCGCAGAAGCCAUUUGGACACAGAGAGGCUUCGGGGGCUAUUUGGAACAUAAAAACUUAGAACUCAAAUGGCAGAUUUAGAAAUUUUAUAUCAGAUGCCUACUUCUCAGUAGUCUUUUUCACAAAUUGUGUUUUUUGGAUGAAUGUCAGUUUGCAUGAAUCUGUGUAUUACUCAACUUUAAAGGGCUCUUUCCAAUCAGUCCUUUUCCUGCGUGUGGUAGAGGAGACUGAUGUUGCCUUAUCUGUUUGAUCUGUAGGACUAGAUUAUUCAUGUGUAGCAAAACUAGUCUAGUUUUCUGGGUGCCCAGGGUACCAAUUACACAUCAGAAAGUAAAAUGGGCACUUGAGGUGCAGGGACUUGGCACAAACUGUAAAUACUGUAAUACACAUUGGACGUUUCAGAAGUCAGUUCCAGGUCAAACCUAAAACCUCUUCCGAUCUGACAGGAUGCUAUUGGGAAAUGUGUUGGAUUUUUUUAACCCACUAAGAUACAAAAAUCAAAAUGGCUUUCUAGAAAGUACAGGCAGAGAACAAGCUGCCCAUAAGCAGCAUCUUUCUUAAAGACAGACUAUUUUUCCUUUUUCCUCAGGUUUACAAGCAAUAAUGAGUAGAUCUGACCCAUCCUGUCGAAGUGGAUGGGAACUGAAUUGAAUUAUAAAGGGCUAAGAAAAGCAAUAUUUUAUUUCCUGAAGGCACAAAAUUUUAUGGCAGUAUUAUAGAACUUACUUCUUUAAAACAUAAGCUAACUUGAAGAGAAAACUUUUAAAAAAGGCAUGUAUGUAUUUAAGCACUUACUGAAAUGUAUUUAUUCAAAUACUAGCUUAUUUUAAAUUAAUUUUUAACUUAUUUAUAAUUUCAGAAAUGGCUAUUUAUUAAAUGCAGUCAGCUUUUUUAAUGGGACAAAUUUUGUUUUAGAAAGGAAUAACUGAUUGUCUUCAAUCCCGAGAAAUCUCUCUCCUUGGUUUCUACUGUUCUGUGAUAGCUGGAUGUUCUUGCGUAAAGGGCUGUAUUGUACAUAGCACUUGGGGUAAGGGCUGUGUCUCCUCUUCUCCUACACGGUAAGGUUAGUCCCAUGCUUUUUGUACUCUAGAGGCAUUUUUCUUAGGUUUAAGAAGCAAGAAUUGGUUUCAGGAGUUGCAAGAAGAUAGCGCAUCUUUGACACACCAAAAAUACUAUGUUUUUCCAUAAUCCGCCCUGAUUGUUCCACAGGGCAGAUGUAUAGCAAAGGUGGUGGUGAUCCGCUGAUUGGGUUGGGUAGCAAAGUUAUACGUGUUCUUGUCUGGGUGACAACAAAAUGAGAAUUGGUGUAACAGAUUCAGCUGCUGUUAGACAGGAUUUGCAGCUAGCACAUGUGCAGGACUUGCGGUGUGGACAGAUACCUGCUUUUGGAUCCAGCUGUGCUGUGUGAAGACCCUUCCCCACCAGCACAAGGUCACCCCUGCACAGAUCUGCUGCCUAUGGGAGGAUGGUGAGGGCAAGUUUUGUGUGUUUAACUCUUGCUGGUGAGGCACCUGGAGCUCGGCACCCCUGGCAGGUCUCAGACUGAGCUAGGAAGGGCUGGUGCUGGUUCUGCUCCUGGCUCCGGGGCUUCCACAGCCCUGGUUCUUCCUCUUGCUCCUAGGUGCUACGGCUCCUCUGCCCCAUGAGAGGUUACUGCACACAUCUGUUUGGGAGGCAGCUUGUGAUCUCUCCCUUGUCAAUUUUAAGCAAAAUUGCUGGGUUUGUUCUACCUACCAAUUUACUUAGCCACUAAGUAAAAUAAUCCAAUAUGGAUUCUUCUUUCCCUGAAUGUUAAUGUAACAGGAGAAAGGGAGCAGCAGCCUGAAUGUUCUGGCUGAUGCUGUGCUUUUUAAACCUGACUUUGUGAAAUGCAGAUACAAGAGAAGCGGAAUUCUAAACCACCUUCUUCCCCUGCUAAAAUCAGUGUGCUUUAAAAAAUAAAACACGCUGUUUUCUUUGCAGCACCCCGGCAGGUCAGUGAGCCUGGGCUGUGUUCAGGGAACUGGCUCCUCAGUAAAUCGGGGCUUCCCCCUGUUUCAAAUAUUCUGUAUGCAAAACAUGAUACCUACCUCAAAGAGCUGUUGCCAUGUUUGAUAUGAGAUCGAGAGAGAGAGGACGCUGUGCUGGAGGUACAAAGGGUUGUGCCAUUGUUUACAAUGAAAUGUGGCCAUAUGUGAAACCUUUAUUCUUAGCAAUUCUACAGGUUUGCCCCAUCUGACCAUUUACUGGCUUCUGUCCCAGCAGGACUGGGAAAGGCGAACAGGGAGCACGUCACCAGUGGGCACACAUUGAAGAGCGAUGUCAGGCUAGACUCGGGGCAAAGCUGGAAUGCAGUAACAGAGUCAUUUUGGCAACAUUUUGCCAUCUUUCAGGUUUGAAAAGGGCUUUUUUAAGUCUGGUAGGUGGAACAGCUUCACCUUGGGGGGGAACCAAGGGACACUCUGGCCCAGGAAGGGCCAUUUUAUAAUCCCCUAUUGAUUAAUUCAUCGAAAGGUUUUGAAAAUGCUGUAAUCCUGUCAUGUUAAAUCUGUAACACUUACUGCAACUUGGAAUUCCUGGUGGGAAGCGGUGUGACCCUGUGCCAGUUCAGGUGUGACGCUGCCAUGGGUUGAUGCAGUAGCUACAGCCACCUGUGCUGGUGUCAGAGGAAUCCCUGACUUCACAGUGCAUUCUCCUAGCUCACCCUUCUUUAAUAUCUGAAAUGUUUAUACUGUGAGCCAAAUAAUGCAAGAAACAGAGCUCUCAGACUGCAAGGACUAAAGCUGACAAGCAUUUGUCAGAGAUUCCUGCGUGCUAUGAGCUUUGAUAUUCUUCCAGCAUCUUUGUGAUGAUUCUUACACCUGAUUAUUUCUCUCUUGGAAGGCUACAUUAGAAUCUUGUGACAAGUAUUGGUUUUUAAUUAUAUCAGCAUCCAAUUCUAAGCUAUUAGUUACAAGUUAAUUGGGCAUUAAUUUUAUUUUUAGCAAGGACGUACUUUCUCUCCCUUGCAACUGUCUUCGUUUUUAUAUAUUGAAGUCCUGAAUUUUCUCAGCCAAAAAACCCCAAGUAACGUGUUACUUGACAACAAAUGUACUUAGUUGAGUAUUGGUAGGUGCUGUACAUCUCUGUAUGUUGGAAAUAAAAAAGCAUCUUUAAUGAA